UGACGUUUUCCGGUCGGAAUACCAGAAUAAUGGUGACCGGCAUCUAUCUCCUCAUCAUGAUGAUCGUCAGCGGUCCUUUCUACGGAUUUGGAGAGUACACGUAUCUCAGAGGGUACUUGAAUGUGAUUGUAUCCACCAACUUAUCGCUGCCCCUGCAUGCGAGCCAUCCGGAACACCAACGCGUGAAGCUUGAGAAUCUCCACCAGCUGUUCAGUCACCUGCAACGCUCAUCAUACUCAUCUGCUGACACAAACAUCCUAACCAUUAUUGGAAAGCAUCUGCACGACACUUAUGACGUCAUUGUCAGCAAGGCGUCGUGGCUACCGCACGGCAUCAGCUUCUAUAUUAGGUCCAAGAACAGUGAUACCUUCCAGCAUUUUGUCGACCACUACAGAGACAGACUUAUUUUUAACAAUGUAACAAAGUUUAGUUUCAUUAACGACAUGGCGAGGUCUUUGAACAUUAGCGCAACUGCGGUUACAGCAAAUGUAACGAAUGACAGUUAUGAAUUAUACCGACAAACAUAUUUGCCAAUACAAGAUUUGGGAAUAUGUGCUGCCGAUAUGAGUACUCCAAACCAAUAUUCUAGUGUAUGGAACGGAUUCCUUACCAUCUUCAUACUCAUUUUGCCCUACGGUCUCGCACUGACAGGACUGUGUAUAAUCUAUUGUCGCGGGUUUGGACUGUCUUUGUUCUCCAAUAAACAUUCUUCGGAUCAAGACAUGCGUUACGCGUACGGCUCCAUGUCUAAAAAUGGCAUAAGGGUUUCUUCAAUAGCCAAAAAAGCUUAG